AUGCAGUUCCUCAACAUCGCCUCUCUUCUCGCCCUUGCGGCUCUUGCUUCUGCUAAGCUUCACAGUCAAGCUGUCUGCGUUACCAACCGUCGUUACGACCCCAUCGGUGGAACAGCCUGGAGCCCAAGCUACAACUGGAAGGUGAAUUAUGAGAUUCUCCCUGGCGCCACCAACUGCGCUUGCAACUACUACAAGAGCCGCAAUACUGGCAAUAACCAGUGGGACAAGUGCCCUGACUGUCGCUUUGAUGGCCUUGCCUGCGAGUCUAAGGGCUGGCACAUUGGCGGUGACGAGUUUACCUACUAUUGUGAGAAGAAGUGCGGAGCGCAAGGAGCGGAGGCGAACUAG